CGUUCGGCAUACGUAUCGGCGCCAUUUCUGCGUAGGAAAUACUUUGUUCGAUGAAAACGAAAUAAAAUUGGUAAGAAGAACUUGUGGAGGUAUAUGUCUAUGUCAGCAUUUGAUUCUUGAGUUAACAAUACAUUAUUUACUAAGACUGACAACAUUCACCACCAUUUAAGACAAUGAGUACCAUUUGUCCUUCCUUUUUGGACAGCGUUCCGGAAAUAGAAACAGUCCCACAUUUCGACGACCCGGGGACCUUGUUUGCCGAAGUCUUGGACACCGUCAGCCCAAACGGACACACUCAAGAAUCUGAUUUCUUAGUAUCCGAAAUGUCUGACGACGACUUGGAAAUACUUGAUUAUUUGAACUCAAUGAAUAAAACAAAAACAGAAAUCGGACCCUCUAGAAUGUGUACGCGUAAAAGAACUUUUUCUGAAAUUGAGGAUUCUGAGAAUCCCAGUAAAAACUCUAUUUCAAAAAUUGAUGACAUUAAGGAUGAGUAUCCACCUGGCACGAUUAUAUUAGAUGCACGAAGUCUUGUCCCAGAUUAUUCAAAAAGUCGAAGUGGGCGGCGGAGUUUAGUCAGCAAUUCUGAUGGCUCUGAUUUUGAUGAUAGUAGGGAAUCAACUCCAUGCAUGUCCAAAGGAGCUAUACAGUCUCGUAAAAAUAGGCAAAUGCAGAAAAAUAAGUUAAAAGUACUGGAAGCAUCCGUUGAAAAGUUGGGUUUGGAAAAACAUCAUCUGAAACAUCAAGUGAAAGCAAAAGACAAUCAUAUUGAGUGCUUAGAACAGGAAGUUGCUUAUUUAAAAUCUGUUCUUGCUAAUCAGUCAUGCAUUGCAAAUAUCUUGAAGACCUUGCCUUCAGUUCCUGGUAUGUACUUUCUGGCCCCAGAUGGCAAAAUGUUUGGAUCACAAGGUCCAGAAAAUACGAAGGUUACCACAGGUAAAGGACGAGAGACAUUAAAAGAUAAACCUGAUGAAAAUGGCAAUGUUAAGGUAACAUCAAAUGGUGUCUAUGUACGGGCAACUGGGUCUGCCAAGAACUCUAAAGACUCUUCGUUACCUGACAUACAACAGCGUUCCCUCCAAGCCCUAAAGGGAACAACGGGUGGUGUUUGCCUGCAUGUGUCCAACAAUAAGGCAUCUCUUGAGUUCUGUUCUUCAUGUGCUAAAAGUGCUUCAAAUGGUUGGGAGAAAGCAGUAAAACUUGACAUUGCCAAUAGGCAAAAGCAAGGUGUUUCUAAAGAGAAUGAGAGGACUGAAAAUGGUGUAGUAUAACCACAUUAAAUGGUCUGUGUCAAAUAUUCAUGUUCUUACUUUGUGAAUUUACAUUCCACGACAAGUUGCAAAGCAUUUCAGUAUGCUGCAAUCCUACUGGCCCUGAGUUAUGAAGGUUUGAAAUAAUUAUAAAAGUGCUGUGGUACUGUCCAGACAUUUGGUCUCGUCCAUAUGUUGGUACCGUUGCCCAAUUAGGAUGAAAUGUGUUUGACAGCUUGGUUGGAAUGUGAACUCAUUUUUUUACAUUUAUUUAUUUAUGUAUACCUUUUAUAUAAAAUCUAUGUGUUUAUUGAAUCAUGUUUUUUUCAGCAAAAUUACAAAUUUGCAAGUUUCAAAAUUUAGAAUUUAACAAUAUCAUAAAAAUAAUUUUAUGAAGAAUUAUGGGGAGUUAAUUUUACAUGUAAAUUCUUACAAGAUCCUUGCUUAAAUUUUACGUGAAACGUUAAAGGGAAUUUAAAUGUAUAAUUUCAUAAUGGGUGUAAAGUUAGGAGAGGGUUGGCAUGGGUACAACAAUCUGUACAACUAUAUCAAUGUUUUCUCUGUUUUCUCUUUCAGUGACUGGGUCGAGUAGCGAUGAAAUACUGGGAAGCGCAUUGGUUAUAGUUUUCACUAGCAAUUCAAUGGUAAUUGAAUUAUUCUGUAAUAAUAGUAAUAUUCUACUUUGAAUAUGAUGCACCUAUGAAGUUUCAUUAUAUGAGCAUCAAUAAUUAUGAUACAAUUAUAACUCAAGUUUGUCAUUAAUAUGAUACAAUUACAUUUAUAACUUAGUUAAUUCCAUCCCCUUUUGAGAACUUACAUCACAAUUUAGUUGCCUAUGAAGUUACUCAAUUUCUUGAUUUUUUUUAAAGUUAAAUGCUAAGAUAUAAAAGUAUUACUAAGUAUGGUUAAAUUUUUAAUUGUCAAUUAGUGUCGUCUGAAAUUAUCUAUAUGAAUUUUUUUGUUACAAUGUACAUGUAUGUACAUUAUUACUGUCAGAGUAGACUAAGUACUACAUGUAUAUUUGAUUGGUUGCAUUCAAUACAUUAAUGCCUUAUGAUCUGUAAAAUCUCUGUAACAUAUCUUUACAUUGUAUAGAUUUUAUGAAUGUCUGUUGAGCAUUGUAAUGGUUUGUAUUGGUUAUGUUGUAGUGAUGGCGAUAAACCCCCAUAUCACCUGCCUGGGGGCUCGAGUGUACAAGCAUGUUUAACUCGUGGGUUUGUAGAUUGUAAGUAUGGCACGAUCAAACAUUGACAUCCUGAUAAUGUUAGGUAUUGUAGUAAAACUAUUAAGACAGCUAGCUUAUGGUCAAGUGGCAGAAGCUUGUUAUGGAAUAUUUAAAUUGUUUCGUUAAUAAUUUAAUAUUGAUAAUAAUUAACAAAUAAUCAUAUACAAUGCAGGGAUGAUCAAAUUCAUGAAUUUCAAGUUUUAAUUUCAGACUUAAUUGUGCAUUUGUAUUUUUACUGGACAUUUGAAUCUAAAACAGUAUGAAGUGCAUUAAAAUUGGGGAAAGAAACAAUUCAACAGGAUUGUAUUGACCCUUUAUUUGGCCUUGAUCUGAAUCGCUCGUGCUCCAACAUAAUUCUAAUUGGAUGUCAUCCCUGUAAAUGAUAUUUCUGUGGCAAAUUAAGAUUUAUAAUAUACAAUGUAUAAUAGGUUAUCAUUAGUUAUUAACAUAUAGUUUUAUACUUGUCUCCUUAAUGCAAAAACUCAAUAUGUUUCUAUUUAUACUUGCUCUGAUUUGAGUUUUUGCCUUAAGGUGAAAAGGGUUCAUGUUUCUUGAUCACUGCAAUUAAAAUAUUAAAUGUACAGGAUGUCAUGUAUUGGUCUGUCUGGAAGGUUAAAAGUAUAAAUGUUACAUGGUAUUCUGUGUUUCAAACAUAUAAAUGCAUGUAAAUAUGAAUUUGAGAUGUUGUUUAAAAUUUGAAUUAUUAUACUGUUUGUAGAGUGUGCAAAAUUGUUGUCUGUUAAUAAAAUAUGUGAAGUGGUA